CUAUCCAACUCCACCAGUUCACGGGGACCUGUUUUAGUAGCUUCUUCAUUGCUUUCGUGGAUCUCUCUCUCUUCUCCUUUUCACAUUGGCUCUCAGAUUGUUGUAUAUAUUAGCGAGAGAAGCAAAGGCCGGUCACCUCCCCACCAUUCUCUUGCUCUCUCCAGUUUCCAUAUCUCUCUCUGAAUUCGCGAAUCCAAGUUUACUCUCUCUACCUCAGUUGUAAACUCAUAAUUGUUGUAAGAUAAUCCUAUUCAUUAUCUUUGAUUGAUCUACCGUACGACGUCGAUCUCCGAUUGCUAUAAGUCUCCGAUUAAAAUAUCCCCUUGGGUUCAACGCUUUUAGGUGAGAAAUGACGAACAUUCUGCUACAUGGGACGCUGCACGCUACCAUCUUUGAGGUGGACGAAAUCCACACGGGCGGUGGCAAGAACAUUUUCAGCAAGAUUGCAAAAGGCCUUGAAGAGGCGGUUGGUUUUGGCAAAGGAGUUACUAAACUCUAUGCAACUAUUGAUCUAGGAAAAGCUAGAGUUGGGAGGACAAGAAUAAUAGAAAAGGAGCAUAAGAACCCCAGGUGGUACGAGUCUUUUCAUAUAUACUGUGCUCACUUGGCUUCAGAUGUCGUAUUCACUGUCAAAGAUGAUAAUCCUAUUGGAGCGACCUUAAUUGGAAGAGCAUAUGUGCCUGUUGAAGAAAUAUUGGAUGGAGAAGAAGUGGAUAAAUGGGUUGAAAUCUUGGAUGAGGACAAAAAACCUGUACAUGGAAGUUCUAAGAUCCAUGUGAAGCUACAAUAUUUUGAUGUCACAAAAGACCGUAAUUGGUCUCGAGGUAUCAGAAGUCCUAAAUUUCCUGGGGUGCCAUACACGUUCUUCACGCAGAGACAAGGUUGUAGGGUUUCUUUGUACCAAGAUGCUCACGUACCAGAUAAAUUUGUUCCUAAAAUCCCUCUUGCUGGAGGCACAUUUUAUGAGCCCCAUAGAUGUUGGGAAGAUGUUUUUGAUGCCAUUACUAAUGCAAAGCACUUGAUCUACAUUGCUGGAUGGUCUGUUUAUACUGAAAUCUCCCUGGUAAGGGACUCGAGAAGGCCAAAGCCUGGAGGUGACAUCAUGCUUGGUGAGCUGCUCAAGAAAAAGGCAAAUGAAGGUGUUAGGGUUCUUAUGCUUGUUUGGGAUGACAGGACUUCUGUUGGUUUACUGAAAAAGGAUGGACUGAUGGCCACGCACGAUGAAGAAACAGAACAUUACUUCCAUGAUACUGAGGUGCACUGUGUCUUGUGUCCUCGGAAUCCGGAUGAUGGUGCGAGCAUUAUUCAGGAUUUAGAGAUCUCUACCAUGUUCACUCAUCACCAGAAGAUUGUGGUGGUGGACAGUGAGAUGCCUUCUGGAGGAUCACAGAAGAGGAGAAUUGUGAGCUUUGUUGGGGGUAUUGAUCUUUGUGAUGGGAGAUAUGACACUGCCUUUCAUUCACUUUUUAGGACUUUGGACACAGCACAUCAUGAUGAUUUUCAUCAGCCAAAUUUUGAAGGUACUUCAAUCAAAAAAGGUGGCCCAAGGGAACCAUGGCACGAUAUACACUCCCGACUUGAAGGACCCAUUGCUUGGGAUGUCCUAUUUAAUUUUGAGCAGAGGUGGAGAAAGCAGGGUGGUAAAGAUUUACUUGUUCAGCUCAGAGAUCUUGAUCUUGAUGGUACUCUUAUUACCCCAUCUCCGGUUAUGUUCCCAGACGACCAUGAGACUUGGAAUGUGCAGUUGUUUAGAUCCAUUGAUGGUGGGGCUGCUUUUGGCUUCCCAGAGACUCCUGAAGAAGCGGCCAGAGCUGGGCUUGUUAGUGGGAAGGAUAAUAUCAUUGAUAGAAGUAUUCAGGAUGCUUAUAUUAAUGCCAUUCGACGUGCAAAGAAAUUCAUUUAUAUCGAAAAUCAGUAUUUCCUCGGAAGCUCCUUUGCCUGGAGUGCUGAUGGCAUUAAGCCUGAGGAAAUCGGUGCUCUGCAUCUGAUUCCAAAGGAGCUUUCGCUUAAGAUUGUUAGUAAGAUUGAAGCAGGGGAGAGGUUCACAGUCUAUAUUGUUGUCCCAAUGUGGCCGGAGGGUAUGCCGGAGAGUGGAUCAGUUCAAGCAAUAUUAGAUUGGCAGAAAAGGACAAUGGAGAUGAUGUAUAAAGAUGUCAUUCAGGCUCUCAAAGCCAAGGGUAUUGACGAGGAUCCUCGGAACUAUUUAACAUUUUUCUGCCUUGGAAAUCGGGAGGUAAAGAAGCAUGGAGAAUAUGAGCCUUCAGAAAAACCAGAACCUGAUACAGAUUAUAUCAGAGCCCAGGAGGCCAGGCGCUUCAUGAUCUAUGUACAUGCCAAGAUGCUGAUUGUUGACGAUGAAUAUAUAAUAGUUGGAUCUGCCAACAUAAACCAGAGAUCGAUGGACGGUUCUAGGGACUCUGAGAUAGCAAUGGGAGCGUACCAACCAUAUCAUCUGGCAAAUAGGCAGCCAGCACGCGGCCAGAUCCAUGGUUUCCGCAUGGCACUGUGGUAUGAGCACCUUGGCAUGCUUGACGAUGCUUUCCUAAAUCCAGAAAACGAGGAGUGCAUCAAGAAAGUGAACCAGAUUGCUGAAAAAUAUUGGGAUCAAUAUUCAAGUGAGACACUUGAACAUGAUCUACCCGGUCACCUGCUGCGUUACCCCAUCGGGAUUGCUUCCGAAGGAGAAGUCACAGAGCUACCUGGAUUUGAGUUCUUCCCUGACACUAAGGCUCGUGUUCUGGGUGCCAAGUCUGACUACAUGCCUCCAAUCCUUACCACUUAGUGGUAUUAAUCACUGUUUGUACUCAGUCGUACGUAUUGCUUAUCACUGUAAAGAUGUGGUAAUGCUGUGUGAGUUUGAUGCUGA